ACAUCUCACUCUCUAGAGAAUCAUAUUUCAUAUAUAGUUCUAAUCGCGUGAUAAAAGAACAAAAAAAAAAAAGUAUGUCGAUAGUUUCAUCAUCACAACCUCCAUGGCAAGUUCUUGUUCUUAUAGCAAAUCAUCUUGAUCCAAAAACCUUAGCCAUAGCUUCAUGUGUUUGCAAAUCAUGGUCCACUUCUAUGUCUUUAGAUCAAUUAUGGCAACCCCUUUGUUCUACUCAUUACCCUUCUCUCUCAACACUUCAUAAUUUUGACAAUAACAAUACGAAUAAUGAUUUUAAUGUAUCUUACCGGCGGUUAUACGCCCUCGGGAAGACGGCGAGUAACCGCCGGUUGAAACAGCCGUCAAAACCUCAUAUUUCCCUUAAUAACAUUAUAUUUGCACUAAACAUAUACAAAAACUCUACAUCUAAGGUUACUUUAGUUAAGCAUGGAAGUCAACUUAGUUUCGACAAGAAGGGCAUUUUUCGAUUCGAUAUCGAUGUCGAGCAAUGGCGGAGGAUUCCUAGCUCUGCUACUAACACAAAGAAUGGAGACCUAGGACCAUUCGAUACCCUCGGAGACUUGAGGGUAACAUGGGAUGUAAUUUUGGAUGGUUACAAAGGAGUUUUCAAUGUGAUGAAUUGCAAAGGAAAAGGUAGGUUUGUUUUAGGGUUAGAAGGGUGGUUCUCAGAGGAGCUACCGACACCGGGGUGUUGCUCUAGCGAUACCGUUAGCGGUCUCGUGGCGGAUUUACAGCUAGGGUUGAAGGUUGAAGAUGGAAGAGCAAUGGUGGAGAAGAUAAGUGCUGGAAUUUUGAGUAUAGUGAGUUGGAGAUAUCUAUUUGUUGAAGAUGCACUUAGGUAUUUGCAGCAUUUUCUUUUACCCUUUUGAUGGGUAAAUAUUGUGGGAAUUGGAAAUUUUUGUGCAUACGGUUUUUCAAAUGACAUUUGUACUCUAAUUGCUUGUGCAUAAUGUUCACACAAGUGAAUCAAUUCCUUGAGUUGAUUAAUUUGGACCUUCUAGCGGA